CGCACUCACACACGCACAUACACACACACACACACACACACACACACACACACACACAUGCAGCCACACACGCUGUCUUCUUUCAUUCAUUCUGUUAUUGCAGCCCUCUGGAACUGCUGCCAGCCUUAUUUAGUCUGCUUUGAUCUUGGGGUGGGGCAAACCAGCUGCAAACCCUUGCUCUAAGCUUCCAAAGAAGACAGUUGCAAACUGGGCUAGACAAGAGUUUUACAUGUGGACACCAACUUGACCAACAGAGGCUGAACAGUCUAAAGCUGGUGGAUAACUGCUUCUCUUGUUACAUUUAUAAUGUUACUUAUAUCUGAGGAUGAGAAACAUAGUGUGAUGUAACACUGCCUCCUCCCAAAAUUAAAUAAAGCUGACCUAAGUGAACUGCAAAUGAAAAGGAAGUAAGACAGUAGAAAGGUCUGUAUGGAACUUGAAACAGUGGAAUAUACAAGGAGCGUAAUGCAGGGAGGGAAGCCAAUGCCAGUGUGAUAUGCAAGCCAAGGAAGUCAAGUGGCUACUAGAAGGAAACCAGAUUGGGGCAUAAGGGUUCCACAGACAACAGCCUGGGAGGGCUAAAGGGCAAUUACUACAGUGACCCUCCCAGAGAGAUUCUACAGCAAAUCAGAUGCUAUAAUCAUUCUAUACCCUCAUAGAUAAUGUGAAGAAACCAAGGACUAAAUCUGACCUCUGUAACUAUGUAUGACUCUGUAUGACCUGCUGUGGAUGUAUCAACCAGUCUGAGAAUUUGUACUUUCUAAAGGUUCCCUUUCCUUGCCAGCAGAAAACAAUCAUUUGGAGAGAAACAAGAGGGUUCACUGGACCACGAUCAAGCCCACUUGUAGUAAUCAGCUGCUACUAUUUACUUGCCUUUAUACAUCCAAACUGAGAGUGCAUAUCCAAAGGAAGAAGAAAAAUAUAGGAGUAUCUGUCAUCAUGGCUAUUUCAUGCAGUCACAUUUUGUCAUCACUAGCCUUACAAGUCACUGUCUUAUUCCUGUUUCUACUUUUCCUCAUUCAACAAACAAAUGCAGAAGACGCACAUUCCACAGACUCCAAGACAAAUGGCAGCUCCUGUCAAGGGUCUUUUAAAUGUGCAGACGGUGUUGUCCUUCCAGUAUGGCUUCCUGAAGACCCUUCUGUCGGUGAUAAAGUUGCGCGCGCCAUUGUUUACUUCGUUGCUAUGAUCUACAUGUUCCUAGGAAUGUCUAUAAUAGCUGACCGUUUCAUGGCCUCCAUUGAAGUUAUUACCUCUCAAGAAAGGGAAAUCACUAUUAAGAAGCCUAAUGGAGAAACGAUGACCACUACAGUGAGAAUUUGGAAUGAGACUGUGUCCAACCUCACGCUCAUGGCUCUUGGAUCUUCUGCACCUGAAAUUAUGCUGUCUGUCAUUGAAAUAUGUGGACAUGGAUUUAAUGCUGGAGAUAUGGGGCCAAGUACUAUUGUUGGAAGUGCUGCCUUCAACAUGUUUGUUAUCAUUGCUCUCUGUGUCUAUGUGGUCCCUGAAGGAGAAACUAGAAAGAUUAAACACCUAAGAGUAUUUUUUGUUACUGCAGCAUGGAGUAUCUUUGCCUAUAUCUGGCUCUAUUUAAUCCUUUCUGUGUUUUCUCCAGGGAUAGUUGAGAUAUGGGAAGGACUUCUGACAUUUAUGUUUUUCCCUGUCUGUGUUGUUCAAGCAUGGAUUGCUGACAGACGACUGUUAUUUUACAAAUAUGUCCAGAAAAGGUAUAGAGCAGAUAAAAAUCGUGGGAUAAUUAUAGAGACAGAAGGAGGUAGUUCAUUUCCCAAGCUGGAUAUUGAGAUGGAUGGCCAAGUAGGAGUCAAUUCUCAUAAAGAUACAUAUGAUGGAAUACUGACCAUACCCGAAGACACCAGGGAUCAAGAAGAUGAAGCAAGGAGAGAGAUGGCACGAACAUUGAAAGACUUAAAACAGAAACAUCCUGACAAAGAUAUGGAACAGUUGAUUGAGAUGGCAAAUUAUCAGGUUCUAGUUCAACAGCAAAAGAGUAGGGCAUUUUAUCGAAUUCAAGCAACAAGGAUGAUGAUUGGUGCUGGAAAUAUACUGAAAAAGCAUGCUGCUGACCAGGCACGUAAGGCGGUUAGUAUGCAGGAGGUGCAAACAGGUGAGGAUGACCAUACCACUAAGGUUAUGUUUGAACCUUCCCAUUACCAGUGCUUUGAAAAUUGUGGAUCCCUUGUCCUAACAAUAGUUCGCAAAGGAGGGGACAUGAAUCAUACAAUCAAAGUUGACUACAGGACUGAAGAUGGCACAGCCAAUGCUGGUUCUGACUAUGAGUUUGCUGAAGGUACUCUAAUUUUCAAAGCUGGUGAGGUACAAAAGGAAAUCACCAUUGGGAUCAUUGAUGAUGACAUUUUUGAAGAAGAUGAGUACUUUUAUGUACGUCUAAGCAAUGUAAAGGUUAUUCGAGCAAACACAGGAAAUGAUCAGACUGAAGCUCCUCCAAAAGCAUGUCUUGGGUCGGCUCACACAGCUACUGUAACGAUUUUUGAUGAUGACCACGCUGGUAUAUUUACAUUUGAGAGUGAGUCCAUGAGGGUCAGUGAAAGUAUUGGGAUUAUGCAUGUAAAGGUACUCAGAACAUCAGGUGCUCGUGGCAAGGUGGUUGUUCCCUACAAGACUCUAGAAGGUACCGCCAAAGCUGGUGAAGAUUUUGAAGAGGUAUCUGGCAAGCUUGAAUUCCAGAAUGAUGAGACUGUGAAGAAUAUUGAGAUCCAUAUCAUAGAUGAUGAAGAAUAUGAAAAGAACAAGAAUUUCUUUAUUGAAUUAGGAGACCCAGUACUUGUUGAAGUUGGACAGAAGCAAGGUGAUUCCAAUGAGAAUCGGCCUGUUCCUCAUGAAGCUGAUGAAGAACACAUUGCAAAAAUGGGAUGCCCAUCACUUGCAGAACUUUCAAAAGUGGAAGUCAUCAUCGAAGAAUCAUAUGAGUUCAAGAGCACAGUGGACAAGCUGAUUAAGAAGACAAAUCUGGCCCUGGUUGUUGGAAGUAGUAGCUGGAGAGAACAGUUUGUGAGUGCUGUCACAGUCAGUGCAGGUGAUGAUGAUGAAGAAGACAGUGGGGAAGAAAAGCUGCCAUCUUGCUUUGACUACAUUAUGCACUUUUUGACUGUGUUCUGGAAGGUUCUGUUUGCAUUUGUUCCUCCAACAGAAUACUGGAAUGGCUGGGCUUGCUUCAUUGUGUCAAUCACACUGAUCGGCGUGCUGACUGCUAUCACUGGGGACCUGGCAUCCCAUUUUGGCUGUACAGUUGGCCUAAAGGAUUCUGUUACUGCUGUUGUUUUUGUAGCCCUUGGAACAUCUAUACCAGAUACGUUUGCUAGUAAAGUAGCUGCCAUUCAGGACCAGUAUGCAGAUGCUUCCAUUGGCAAUGUGACAGGCAGUAAUGCUGUCAAUGUCUUCCUAGGCAUUGGGUUGGCUUGGACUAUCGCAGCUAUCUACUGGGGCAGCAAGGGGGAACCAUUCAAGGUGAAAGCUGGCACUCUUGCGUUUUCAGUCACCCUUUACACCAUUUUUGCUUUCAUAAACAUUGCCGUCCUGUUGUAUCGUCGGAGGCCCUCUGUUGGAGGAGAACUAGGUGGACCAAGGACUGCUAAGAUUCUGACUACUCUUCUCUUUGUAUUACUGUGGCUGAUGUACAUUCUGCUUGCGUCUUUGGAAACCUACUGCCACAUAAAAGGAUUUUAGACCUGUCUCACCCCUCCCCACCCCUGCCAAGGACCUGAUAAUUAGAGCUAGUACUGUAAUUAUCCUCCAUACUUUCCAAUACUACUUGUAUGGUGUUGGGGGAGGGGAACCAACUUGCUUACAACUAAGCUGAAGAACUUAAUGACAGUUUUAAAGACAUAUAUAAUUAGGAAGCUUCCUCCAAUAGCUGAUGAGGAUGGAACCAUAAACACUUCAAGGAUUUUUCCUCCAUUUUUUACACUAGAUACAGAGACAAAUGAUGUCUGUAGGCACUGCAGUCAGGUUUGCUUUAAAUGGUAAGGCAUUUGAAAUAAAGGAAGCCAUGAUGGAACUAGGGGUAGCUCAUAAACACAGUGAAGAGAAAUAUAGUUAUGAAUGCCUGUAGAAGAACUUAUGUCACUUCUUUGACAGACAGAGGAAUACAUGUUUCUAAUAUUACUUUCAAAUUGCAGGAAGCUAGGGUUGGUUUUAAUUGUCCAUUGUUUUCUUUUUCACCAGCAUAACAUUUUUCAAAAGUGCCAGCAUUUCAACAAGUUAUGAGACGACAUCAGAAAUGAAUCAUUGUCAUAUGAUUCAGCUCACAUUUUCCUGCAUUACCCAGUAUAUGCUGUUUACCUUGCUAGAAAAGGAACCUUGUGUCAGGGAUAGCACUUACAAGCUCAUUUGGGAACAGGCACAUUAUCCAUCUAAUAAAAUAAGGAGGUGGCAACCAGGCACAGUUCCUGACAGUGCAGCAUUGCUUGAUGAAUGGAUUUCAUGCUCACUAGAUAGCGAUAUGUCUGUUUGCAGUACAUGAGAGCAAAAAUCAUUAAGAAAGGGAGGUAACUGUGGUUGUUUUGCAAAAUGGCUCAGCUGAGGAGACAGCUGAAGCAAUAGUAAGCAGCUGUUAUGAGCAGGCAUAGUUAUACCUUAUUACUUUCCAGAAAGUAAAAUGAUGGCAUAGAUAGGAGCUGCAACAUCAUGACAUGAUUGCGUCUUGUAAUAGCUGUGUUAUUUAUGAUAUUAGGAAUAAGGUUACUGGAGAACAUAUCUCAACCACAUUUUCUCUCAGAACCUCUACCUUUAGAAAUUCUGCAUGUCUUAGGAAUGCUGGUGUUUAACUGCUGUGUGAAAUGCAGUUGUGUUCCUUUUGUACAGUAAUACCACUAUAAAAUAAUGAAUCUGAAACAAAGUUAAGAACUAGUUGCAUAGUAUUCUUCAACUAUCCCAUUGCCUCAUGAGUGCAAUAUACCGGAUGAUUAUGGAUCUGCUGAUAUUUCUUUAUCAUUAUUUAUGCAAAGAGAGAACAAGGUUUCUGUGUGUCUCCAUCAGAACUCGGUGUCACAAUUAUGCAAUUGUUUUGUAGGUUUUACUGACUGCUCUGCUGCUAGAAUUAUAGUUGCAAAAGGCACUAAAUCCUGGUCAUGUUUUCAAAGCAAAACGUUUCCAUGAUGGAUCUAAAUGAUGCCACAUUACAGUCGACCGAUAGCUCUGAUACUUUUGUACAGCCUCCAGCAGCUGUUUAAUUGUGAACUACAGCGACUUAAAAAAACAUGAAUUGGCCUUUGAGAACAUGCAGUGUUUUAAACAGAGAAAAGUCAUAUAGCUUUUAUAUGUUAGAUGUUGCUACAAUUUAAAUGUGUAAAUUUUGUUGAGAUUUUUUUCUAAAAAUUUUUUUGAGGGCACACGUGUACAGUCUUUUAAUUUUUUUCAGCAAGUGAAAGAUUUCAGAAUUGUUUUCUAUCUGUCUUGAUGUAGACAGAGGUAAGUUGCCCUCAUAUAAAGCAGUAUUACUUGAGGUUCCACUUGGGAGGGGGCAAUUAACUUAAACAAGCACGUGUUAGCUCCUAAAAUAUUUAAGUAUCUUUCAGAAGGGUUUUCGAUGGUCACUGACACAUUGUUGGGUCAUAAAUUUGAAGGUAAAACUUACAUUCCCAGUUUGGCAUUGCUAUUGUGAUGAAGAUCUGUUUAAAAAGGUCACCUUAACUGUAUGUACUUCACAAAGAAAUUAUACCCUUUGUUGGUCUUAUAUACUCACUAGCUUUGAUCAAAAAGAAACAGUUUUCUGUAGGACCCACAUAUAAAAUGCUUGCAAGGAAAGAAGGUAAUGGCAUUUUUAUGCAAUGUACUUUUAUACUAUAUUAUAUGCUACCUUGUAUGUAAUAUAUGGUUAUGUGUUAUGUAAUUGUUUCAAAGGCAUUUCUCCAUUUAAAGCAUUAUAUAUGGAUAAUUUUGCCAUUUGUCAGCAACUUCUUCUCCAAACAAACACCUUUUGAAGAACAAAACUGUUAAUCCCAGCAUUCAGUAUCUAAAGAUUUUCUCAUCCUUCAUGGAACAUAAUUAAUAAUAUAGUACUGUUUUCAUUCAUCAGAUAUGUGAUAAGACUCUAAAAGGUUAAAAGAUUAAUCAAAUGUCUCCCUUCAGCAAAACAAGCAUACCCUUGUCAGAUCUGACAUAUUAAUUGUCAAGAGAAUACAGUUAUCCAGUUAAGCAUUCCCUUGCAUACUUCAAGGAAAUUAUGGCAUUCCCAAAUGAAUUUUCUAAUAAAUGGAGUCAGGUUACUAAGUCA